AUUCAUUUCAGUUUUUGUAAAUAUAUCCCAAACAUGGGGUCUUGAGAUGCCUUUUUAAAAUUUUGUGGGUGACCCUUAUAUUUCAGUAACCACUCACUUUGAUGUGUGGGCAUACUUUCCAUUUCUGUAGUUGUGUCAUGGGACCUGCAUUUUGGAGAACCAUUAAUUUUAAUAUUUGGGGUAACCCACGUUUUUGUGCAUUGUAGAUGAAACAAUUUCAGUUUUGUUUUUGACUUUUUCCAGAUAUUUGCUAUAUUUUGUAUUUGGAAACUCUCUUUUUCUGUUAAAGGGUCAAUUAUCUAGACUUUACAUUUCAGAGGCUCAUUCAUAUGUGUAUUUUAGGAUCGAUUCCCCCAAAAGGGAAUAAGGAAUCCAUUUUAUCAGCACUUGCAUGUCCCAGUUUUGACAUUUUUUGUACUUCUAGUUAAGUAACUGAGCACUGCACUUUUGAGGAUUGUUUCAUGGAAUGUACUGUACCUCACAUUUUGGGAUUCCUCACUUACUUUGUUGUUUGUAAGUCUCAGAGACGCUGACUUCAUUCUUUAUUUCUCUAUAGUUGCUGUGACAUCAGCUGACAAAACCAGGUGCUCUGGCAGUUUAAGAACAUGAUCAAGUGUGCCAUCCCGGGCUGUGAACCACUGCAUGACUACAACAACUAUUGUUGCAACUGUGGACUUGGAGGAUCAGGGAAGCCAGUGAAUGAUCUUGACGCUUAAUUCCUCGGAUCUGGUCUGUACCACUUUCCUUUGCUUCUCCACUACCCCACUUACCCUGAUUAUUUUCAUUUUCCUGGUUCUGCAAGGUCCAUGACAACUGCUAUUCUGCCUUCAAGAAAGUCCCAGAGUUCUUCCCUUUUUUUGACAAUCCUUACACGGAGGUCUACACCUGAGAAUAAUGACUCGUGUGAAAAGCACAUCUGCGAGUGUGACCGCCAGGCUGUCAUGUGCUUCUCCAAGGUCGAUUACAACCUAGAGUACAAAAGCCUGGACACCUCUGAACAUUGUAAAUGACCUGCCAGCAAACUGAAUAAAGACUCUAAGGCAC